AUGAGUGGUCAAAUACCGACUUCGGAUGUAUGUUCGAUCUGCUUAAGCCCUAUGGUACAAGGUGAACCGUUAUACACAACAUCAUGUUCCCAUACGUUUCAUUUUUCAUGUAUAACAAAUACGAUUAAGUCAAAGAUUGAUGAAUGUCCGUUAUGCAGAACAGCAAUUGAUCAGUCACUUAUUCAAGUUCUUCAGCCUGUAUCUUCUACAAUUCUAUCAACUACAGCUCCUCCUUCAACGCCCGUGCAACAAACAACGUCAAGAUUUUCAUUUCUAAAUGUUAUUGAUAACGCAGUUAAAUCAGUUGUCAGUGUGGUGGGAAAUACAUUUCAACGAUCGUCCAUAUCUACACCAAAGAAGCUCGACACAAACGACAGUUUGUACACAAUAGGUGAAGAUUUGGUUGACGAAAAGGCUCUCAACGAAUUAGCAGCCGAACGAGCUCGUCGUCAAGCCACACGACAGAAUAAAAGUAUGACUGAACUGAUUAAAGUAUCUACAAUAUUAGAGUUUGUAAAUGUACAUUGCGACGAUGAACGAGAUACAUUUGCAAUGUUAACAUUAAAGGCACCCACUGAUAGUGGCGAAAGUGAAGAUGAUGUUCGUACGUCACUAGAUUUAGUUUGUGUUGUGGAUAAAAGUGGUUCCAUGCAAGGAGAAAAAAUAGCUCUUUUGAAAAAAACAUUGAGUUAUAUCGUUGAACAAUUAAAAUCAACUGAUCGUCUAUCCAUUAUAUCGUUUGAUACGGUGGCGAAUGAUGUACUAGGUGGAUUAAAAAUGAUGACAACUGAUAAGAAAGUGGUUGUUGAGAAUAAAAUUCAAACACAUGCGUGUCUAAAUGCUGGCGGUGGCACACAUAUUGGGAGUGGAUUGCAAAUGGGUAUUAACUUGUUGAAUCAAAGAAAAACAAAAAAUCCUCUAACAAGUUUACUUUUACUUACGGAUGGUCAAGACAAUCAGUUAUGUGAUUAUUCAGAUCUUAUUCAACGAAUACCACAAGGUUGUACAAUUCACACAUUUGGUUAUGGUCAAGAUCAUUGGGCUCAUGUAUUGUCUCAAAUCGCAGAACAAGGUCAUGGAACAUUUACAUUUAUUGAGAAAUUGGAUAAAAUCCCUGAUGCUUUUGCUGCUGCACUUGGUGGACUCUUCACCUGCAUCGGUCAACAAUUGGAAGUAAAAAUUGAAUUCGAUGAAAACUACAAAAUAACAGAAGUCCUUUCCACUUAUCCACACACAAAUCAACUACCAAAUCAAACUACAACUGUUACGUUAAAUGAUUUAAACGCUGAUGAAACGAGAGAUUUAGUCUUUCGAAUACAUGUCCCCAAAGUAGAUCAAGAACAAGAACAACAAGCUAUAGGUAGAGUGUCACUUCGUUAUUUGGAUCCCGGUAGUGGUCAACAGUUGAAUACCGAAUCUGAGUCAUUCAGUUUGAAUCGAUCACGUUUACCCACCGAUAUAGCGUCUAACUAUGCUUUGGAUGUGCAAAGAAAUCGCUGCUAUGCUGCUCGUGCCCUAAAAGAAGCCGUAAAAUAUGCAAACGCUAAUGAAAUGGAAAAGGCUGAAAAAGUGCUCAAAGAUGUAAUUGACAAAAUUAAAUCGUCGAUAUCGGUUAAUGAUCAAUUAUGUCAACAACUCAUUCAAGAUCUUGAACGCAAAUAUAAUGAUCGUGUUCAGUUUGCCUCCACAAUGACCAAUAUGCACAUGCAACAUGGUCAACAACGAGCAACCUACAGUUGUGAAGCAACAAUCAGUGCGCAAAAUUAUAUGACCCGUGGAAAUUUAGACCAAGAUCAGCAACAAGAAGAAAGUGAAUCACCGAGUGAUGAAGCAUCGGAAGUUGGAGAUAUAGUUGACAAUGAUGUUAUAACUGAUAAUUGGGCUCAAAAUUUAAAUGAAUACUAUUCUCAUGAUGAAGAUUCCAUAUUAAUUCCAUUGAACCAAUGUCGAACACUGAUCAAAAUGCUUAAAAAUUCAAGCAUUCUAUCACUCUAUUUGUUGUUAAACUUACAAAAUUGA